AUGCAGGAUGUAACGUGUGAUGUGGAUGAAAAGGCAAAGGUGUUUGCAAAGAUGAUUUCGAGGAUUGACUUGACCUGGCUGUCUCCACUGCUCCAAACCGAAUACUGGAGAUUUGUAAAGGAAUAUUCAGAAUUGUUUAUCACAGAAUACUCAGCGGCUACUUUGGCAUGUUAUCCAAUGAAGUCAGACGGGAACGCGAUGGAGCAGAAGCCUGGCCCUUCCCCUAAUUUUUCAUCGACUUACAGUGGUUCGUCACGCGGGCACUUGAGACUUCUUUCUUAUGCUUCUGAUGGGCAGCAUGACCUGUGGGACAUGCCAGUAAUCCCGUCACUUCUGUGCGUGGGAGAACCCAUGUCGAGCUUUAACAGGAUCUUAGUAAAUGACACUCGGGUGUACGAAGGGAGAAGUGUGAAUGUCGAUCCAUUUGGAAUCCCAGCCACCUUUUCCACAGCUGUCGUAGCAGACUAUGCAAUGGCGAAGGAUGUUGUUGCGGACACUCUUAUUGAAAAUGGACAAAUGAUGGAGGGAGCAGGAAAGACCCCAAAGUCUGAUCAGACAUCCGACCCAAAGAGAAUGGAAAGUCGUGCACUGGCCAAGUUGACAUGA